AGGGACGCAUUGCAGGACCCACCGUCUCUGCGAAGUCGAUUGCGCAGCAGAUGGCCGACCGCAUUCACGCGAAGCUCAACUACACGAAGACGGAGGAGAAGCCGGAGGCUGAGGAGCAGACGGAAACGCUGAAGAGAUACGAGCUGGAGUUGGAGAUCAACGACUUCCCACAGACCUGCCGCUGGAGGGUAACCUCUAAGGAGGCGUUGGAGCAGAUCUGUGAGUACUCAGAGGCGGGCAUCACGGUGAGAGGCACCUACUGCCUGCCGAACAAGGACCCGCCCGCCGCAGAGAGGAAGCUCUAUCUGGCCAUCGAAAGCACGAACGAGCGCUCGCUGGCCGUCGCCAAGGCCGAGGUGACGCGUCUCAUCAAGGAGGAGCUCGUUAGACUGCAAAAUUCCUACCAGUACCAACCGGCUCAGAAGAACCGCUACAAAGUGUUGUAGUGUUGUCAUGGUUACCGGAGGACGUCUACUUCGUGUACCACACCGAUGUGUAUAUAUAUAUAUAUGUGGUCAUAACAUGAAGAUAUGAUAUGCGAUACUUUAACUUCUGAGCAUCUCAUUAGUUAAAUAGUGGAAUAAUUGUCAAGUAAAAAUCUGUCAAGUUUGCCGUCUACCCAAUCUCUCUCAUCUUCUUCCUUUGCCACUUCCUCUUGGUCUCUCUUCAUCCUUAAUUGUUUGACCCUAUCUAUAUAUUAUGUGCGAGAUUAUUUAGUUGGAGCGCGGUUGUACUUGGUUGGAUAAAACCUAAAUGAAUGCAACGCCUGUGAAUGAACCUCGUCGUUGCGAAUCGUGCGAAACAAUAGAGCGUGUCUAUCUAGCCGACUGUGUCGUCGCGCAGUAGCGUGCGCGUUUCCCGUGUUUCUCAACAUUUGCACCUACAUGAAAGUCGCGCGCCUCGUGUGCAGCGUGUCUUUAGCACUUGACUAUCACUAACGAUCUCGCCUAGCGCAGACUUGCGACUUUUUCAUGCAACUCGGCUGCGAUUCUAGAAUCGCAGUCGAAAUUGCUGUGA